AUGGUACUUAUGAUAAAUGCUCAACAGUACUAUUCGGAGUUCCAACAUGGAGUCUGGAAACUGCUCAAUAAUGUCGAAAACAUAAACAGUCUUGAUCCACAGACAUUCAGACAAAUAAGGUACUACUCAGUGAUUGGUCCUUCCGCUCUGCCUCCAGAAGAGUUAGACAGGUAUAACAGACUCAUCAACGACAUGUUAGCCAUCUAUAAUACUGCCUCCAUUUGCGCUCACAAUGAUCCAUUCCGGUGUGGAUUAAGGCUGCAACCCGACAUUACUAAAAUCAUGGCUAAGAGUAGGAACUGGGAUGAGCUCCAGCAUGUUUGGACUGAAUGGAGAAGAAAUUCUGGUCAGAAGAUAAAAGACAGCUUUGAACAAAUGGUUAAGAUUUCCAACCAUGCAGCAAAACUGAACAACUUCACAGACACUGCUGAGUACUGGAGUUUCCCGUUUGAAUCUCCAUCUCUAACUGUUGACCUUGAGGACGCCUGGGAAGAAGUGAAGCCCUUAUACGAGCUUCUUCUCACCUACGUUCGUCGUCGCUUGAGAGAAUUUUACGGAGCGGGAAGAAUCAGUAGAAUGGCCCCGUUGCCAGCUCAUGUUUUGGGGAAUAUGUGGGGCCAGUCUUGGAGCAACAUCUUUGAUAUUACCCAACCUUAUCCUGGCCAGACAUUUCUGGACGUUACGCCGGAGAUGAUAAAACAGGGAUUCACCCCAGUUGAUGCAUUCAGGUUGGCGGAAGACUUUUUUGUAUCCCUGAACAUGAGCGUGCUACCUCUCGAUUUUUGGCAAGGAUCUGUCCUUCAAGAGCCCCUGGAUAGAAUCGUAUUAUGCCAGCCGUCUGCUUGGGAUUUUUGUAAUAGGAGGGAUUUCAGGAUAAAAAUGUGUACCAACGUGAAUAUGAAGGAUCUAAUUACAGCCCACCACGAGUUAGCACAUAUUCAUUACUUCAUGCAGUACAAAAAUGAACCUAAGGUGUUCAGAGAUGGUGCCAAUCCAGCAUUCCAUGAAGCCAUUGGUGAAGCAAUAGCUCUCUCUGUCGGCACUCCAAAACAUCUACAAGCGUUGGGACUAGUUCAAGCCUCUAUCGACCGCCCAUCAGUAGAUAUAAAUUUCUUGUAUUCCAUGGCCCUUGAUAAGGUUGUUUUUCUGCCGUUUGCCUACGUAAUGGACAAGUGGAGAUACGAUGUGUUCAAAGGAAACAUCGUCAAGGAGGAGUACAAUUGUCAUUGGUGGUUGCUGAGUGAGAAGUACCAAGGAAUCAAACCUCCAGUAUUGAGGUCUGAGAUUGAUUUCGAUCCUGGUGCUAAAUAUCACAUUCCUGCCAAUAUUCCGUACCUCCGAUACUUCGUGAGCACAAUCCUGCAAUUCCAAAUAUACCGAUCUCUGUGCAUCGCCGCUGGCCAAUAUUCCCCCUCCGAUCCAAGCAGGCCGCUUCACGAAUGCGACAUUUACAGAAGCAAGGAUGCUGGCAGGAUAUUGAUGCAAAUAAUGGAAAAAGGAUCAUCACUACCGUGGAGAGAUGUUUUAUUUCAAGCAACCGGAGAAAGCCGACUAGAUGGUAGUGCUCUUCGAGAAUAUUUCAGACCUCUUGAAGAAUGGUUGAGAAAUGAGAAUCUUAGGACAGGUGAAUAUGUUGGUUGGUUAUAUGAUGGUGACUACUGCAAACAAAGUAUAGAAACAGCGGGACUACAGGUGUAUGGUGGUUUCUACAGUGGAUCCAAGGCAACAACCCCAAUUCGUGUUCUUUCUAUUUUAUUGAUUUUUCCUUUGUAUAUGUAUAGCAGAUUCACAUUUUGAACUCGUCAAAAAUGUAUCAUAGUUAGAAAUUAAGAAAGUCAUAUGCUUUGUAUAGUUACGUUCAAAUAAUGAAUUCCAACUGGCUCUGUUUUGUAUAAUCGCAAGGAGAAUAGUUUUUGAGGAGUUUUAGUGAAUAGGCAAAAUGACUGAUUUUGACAAACUGUUUUAUAAUGUUCAGAAGUGUUUACUGUUCACAAAAAAACAAUAUUUUUGGAUAAUUCAAAAUUGAUAAAAAUUUACAUUUUUGUUUCAAGUUCGAAAUUUACACCAAAACGUUUGUCGGUGUCAUGGACUUCAUGUCUAUGAUUGUCAAUCACUCUAAUCAAUUUAUUCAGUUCAUAUGAUAAACACAAAAUUUUUGUGUUUUUUGGAUGUUGCCUAUUCAUUUAAAAUUACUUUUUAGCGUGCUUUCAAGAACUGUCACAAAAAGUUACAAUUAGAAUAAUACAUUUUUGCGACUGACAAUAUUCAGGAGCCAGUUGAAAUCUUCCAGGUCAAACCCUGUAUUAUAGAUGUGAUAUUUUGAGGAUAAUGUUCAAAAGGAUGAAUUUAGUUGUAAUCGAGACGAAAUGUAAUAAAAAUAGUACAUACA